AUGACAACAUUGGACUUUACUAAGAAAUCCUCCUUUUCUAAGAUGCAAAACCAACCUGACUCUAUUAUAGGUUCAUAUUUUAAUGAACCUAAAUUAUAUGUAACCGACUUGCAAUACACUUUUGGUGUGGAAGAUUUAAAACCUCUUUUUAAGGAUGUCGAACUUUUAAGUGUAGAAUUGCGUAAUGCGCCCACCAAAUCUUCUGCUGUUCUCACUUUUGCCACAAUUGAUCAUGCCGAAAAGGCGUUCGCUAUCUACAAUAACAGCAAGAUCGAAACAUAUCAUACUAAGACUUAUUUAAAGUUAUUUAUUUACGAUCCUGCCAACGUAACACACAAUGAGCCUAUGUCUGAUGCGUUCAUUUUGCAGGUUAAGCAGCUGGAUAUAAAAUCAACAACCAACUUCACAUUAUACGAUGCAUUUAGAAAGUUUGGUCCUUUAUUCUCUUGCAGAAUGCAAUAUCAAGAAAAUAAGUUUAAAGGGUAUGCACUU